CCACCGUGGGCAGGCCAAUGAAACCCCCUGUGUCUGUCUCCUUCCAGCGGCCCUGACAAUCCAGCGGCGCUAAAUUAGCGGCUUGCACGGACAUUCCAGCAUCAUCUUUUUGCCUUUCUGAGGGGAAUGGGCUUCCCUCAUCCAUCAUUCUCUGUCGGUACCUUUGAGGCCAGCACCUUUCAGCUCCCAAUCCGGAUCGCCCCUCGCCCACGCAACUUUGCCCAGCAUUUUACCUUUUGCCCAACGGACACAUCGACAAACUCGCUUUCUCGCCAGACACCCAGAAAACGAUUCGGGUCAAAAGACAUAGGCAAACACUCGCACGAACCUCACGCUUCAUAACCAACCACCCCGCUUUACAGUACUCGUACAGGCCCAACGAACUCCCCGAGAAGUAACGGCACGAUGGCGAGCCCCAAGGAGAGACGCAUCGGUAAGGAACUCAUGGAUAUCCGCGCAGACAAGGACAAAUCUGGUGUCUUUGCCUACCCGAUCGACGAGUCCAACCUCCUACACCUCAAGGGAUCGUUCCCCGCUCCUCCAGACACCCCGUAUGCCGGAGGCCAGUACGAAGUCGACAUCAAGAUUCCAGAUAACUACCCUUUCAAGUCUCCCAUCAUCAAGUUCGACACCAAGAUCUGGCAUCCCAAUGUCAGCAGUCAAACCCAGCAGCUGCUCCCCACCCUUCGCUGGCCAUCUGUUCUUGCACUUCUCCUUUCACUCCAAGACAUUCUCGAAACUGACACGAGACAGGGUGCCAUCUGCCUCGACACGCUGGGCAGCGGUUGGUCUCCCGUCCAGACCAUCAAGACCGCCCUCCUCUCCCUCCGCAUGCUGCUCGAGUUCCCGAACCCCAAAGACCCACAGGACGCUGAGGUGGCCAAGAUGAUGAUCGAAAACCCCGAGGCCUUUGCGAGGAAAGCCCACGAGUGGGCCGUCAAGCACGCCGGCGCCCCACCCCGAGAUUUCGACACCACCAAGUGGAAGAAGGAGUCUGCAGCCGAGGCCAAGGCCAACGACGAGAGCAGGUACAUGGGCUACAACAAGGAGCUCGUCGACCGCUUCGUCAACAUGGGCUUCGAGGUGGACGCUGUGGUGGACGCCUUUGUCUUUGUGGGUAUCGACCGCAACAACGGCGCCGACUACGAGCUGGAGGAGGCCUACAUGGGAGAUAUCACGGCCCGCCUUCUGGGUGAGCAGUAG